UGGCCUAGGAGGGUGGCGGGUGCUGUCCGCGGGGUGCGGGCCGAGGCGAAGGUGCGGAGGCGCCGUGCCCGAGGGAGCCGCCCGCUGAGCGGGCUGGAGGGCGGCGGGGGCCACCCGGCGCUGCCUCCACCCAUUGUCCCUUCGCGGCCGCCCCCGAGGACCGUCACUCCCGCCGUGGCCGCCUCGGCGGCGGUCGCCCGGGUUGCGGUGCGGGGCGCCCCACCCGGCCCUUCUGCGUGGACUCGCAGGCGGGACCGUGCCCGUGGUUUUGUCUGCGGCCCCCGGCGGUGUUGGGGCUGGAGGCGUCUCCUGAGGGAGCGGUAAUGGCGACUUGGGGGCCCAUUUUCUCCGAGGGCCUUUGUGUAGCGGGGGAAACUGAGGCACGGGGCUCUCUGGCUUGUGCCCGAGGUGUGGGCGCAGCAGUCCCCAGACCUGCCCUACGGGCUCUUGUGAUAACUAUUAAAAUCAAUUAAGGAAUCUAAACUAGCCCGAUGCUACAUACCCUCCCCCAUUUAUUUUUCCCCAUAGCGGGCCAUGAGUUUGUCUUGCCACAUGAAAGAUGACCUUUCCAUCUAAGAACGUCAUCUGUCCCUGUUCCCCUUACUGGGCUUACCUUGUUUUCAGCUCAUUUUCGUUCGGGGUAACCCAGGUCCCACCCCCUUGCGCCCGGGAGUGACUGGAAGAGCCCUUUCCUGGCCGUGGUUAUCACUGACCCCUCCGUGGAGCGCGCCCCGAGCGAAAAGCUACUUGGGCUGCCCAAAUCAGCAUUGCUUUCCCCUGAAACUUCUCUUACGUUAACGGAGAAUGCUUCUAAUGUAACAGCAAGAAAAUGAUUUAAACACGAUAUUGUUGAUAAUCGGGCCAAAAAUUGCAUCCUUUGUAAAUGAUACUGGGCAAGGUAGGUGCGUGGGCCAUUGGAGAGCUCCCUGGCUCUGGCUGGAUGCUGUAAGUGACUGCAUUUCUGCCAAGAGCUUUGCACCGACUCCGCGGUGUUUUCAUCCCUAUGGUGGGUGCAGGGGCCUGGUUCGCUGGGGCCUGUUUGCCCAGGAUGGCUUUUAGGCCGGGCCUAUAGGGUCAAUACGCGCGUGUUCUCCAGCCACCUUCGUUCCUUUCCCGGAAAAACUGUGUUGUGAGGGCGGAAGAACACUUGUUUUUAAAAUGGGAAGCUUGUAGCCUGUCUUUUGUUUCUGGAUGUGCAGAGCACGAUGGCGGCGUCCGAGGUCGCCGGUGUGGCCGGUGCCCCCAACCCCCCGGAGUCCUCUGGUCUGUGCGCUUCCAAAUCAGAAGAAGGCCUGCUAGGUGGUCUAAGCCCCAAAGACCCUGCACAGAAGCACAAGAACUCACCUCUGUCGAGUACUGACUUUAAGACGGCUGAUUCAGAAGUAAACACAGAUCAAGAUAUUGAAAAGAAUCUGGAUAAAAUGAUGACAGAGAGAACCCUGUUGAAGGAACGUUACCAGGAGGUCCUGGACAAGCAGAGGCAAGUGGAGGAUCAGCUCCAAGUGCAACUAAAGCAACUUCAGCAAAGGAGAGAAGAAGAAAUGAAGAACCACCAGGAGAUAUUAAAAGCUAUCCAGGAUGUAACGAUAAAGCGAGAAGAAACAAAGAAGAAGAUAGAAAAAGAAAAGAAAGAGUUUUUGCAGAAGGAGCAGGAUCUGAAAGCUGAAAUUGAGAAACUUUGUGAGAAGGGCAGAAGAGAGGUGUGGGAAAUGGAACUGGAUAGACUGAAGAAUCAGGAUGGUGAAAUAAAUCAGAACAUUAUGGAAGAGACAGAACGGGCCUGGAAGGCAGAGAUCUUAUCACUAGAGAGUCGGAAAGAAUUGCUGGUGUUGAAGCUAGAAGAAGCCGAAAAAGAGGCAGAGCUGCACCUUACUUACCUCAAGUCAACUCCCCCAACACUAGACACAGUUCGUUCCAAACAGGAGUGGGAGACAAGACUGAACGGAGUUCGGAUGAUGAAAAAGAAUGUUCGGGACCAGUUUAAUAGUCACAUCCAGCUAGUGCGGAAUGGGGCCAAGCUGAGCAGCCUUCCUCAGAUCCCUACUCCCACUCUGCCUCCGCCCCCAUCCGAGACAGACUUCAUGCGCCAGGUGUUUCAGCCCAAUCCCUCUGUGGUUCCUCGGAUGCCCUUCUCCAUUGGGCAGGUCGCAAUGCCCAUGGUUAUGCCCAGUGCAGAUCCCCGCUCCUUGUCUUUCCCCAUCCUGAACCCUGCCCUUUCCCAGCCCAGCCAGCCUUCCCCACCCAUUCCGGGCUCCCAUGGGAGAAAUAGCCCUGGCUUGGGUUCCCUUGUUGGCUCUCAUGGUCCACACAUGCCCCCUGCUGCCUCCAUCCCGCCUCCCCCAGGCUUGGGCGGUGUUAAGGCUUCUACUGAAACUCCCCGGCCACAACCAGUAGACAAACUAGAGAAGAUCCUGGAAAAACUGCUGGCUCGGUUCCCACAAUGCAAUAAGGCCCAGAUGACCAACAUUCUUCAGCAAAUCAAGACGGCACGUACCACCAUGGCAGGCCUGACCAUGGAGGAACUGAUCCAGUUGGUAGCUGCACGACUGGCAGAACAUGAGCGAGUGGCAGCAAGUGCUCAGCCACUCGGUCGGAUCCGGGCCUUGUUCCCUGCUCCAUUGGCCCAAAUCAAUACCCCAAUGUUCUUGCCUUCUGCACAAGUUUCAUAUCCUGGAAGGUCUUCACAUGCUCCAGCCACCUGUAAGCUGUGUCUCAUGUGCCAGAAGCUGGUCCAGCCCAGCGAGCUGCAUCCAAUGGCAUGUACCCACGUGUUACAUAAGGAGUGCAUCAAAUUCUGGGCCCAGACCAACACAAAUGACACGUGUCCCUUUUGCCCAACUCUUAAAUGAUGGACCUGAUUGGGGAAGAAGAGAAGCUGAUGUGAACAGGAAGCGCGGGUUCAAGAUUUCUAAAACUCUAUAUUUAUACAGUGACGUAUACUCAUGCCAUGUACAUUUUUAUUAUAUAGGAAAUGUGUGUAUAGGAAGUCUGUAUUCAAAUGUUCGUAAUGAAUUAUGUAUAUUAUGCAAAAAUGGUCUGUCCCCCUCAGCUUGCAAUUAAUUCCUUUAGGGGGAUGCAGAUUGUAGCUAAGAUGAUAUUUAGUUUGGCCUUGAAAUUAUGAAAUUCCUGCCUAAGGCUGUUUUCAAAAACAGUAUAAAACCCAUUAGGAAGCUGCUGUGGCUCUAAGGCUAUCCUGCUUUGAUUUGGCUCAACCACUAGUCCAUUUCCUAAGGUUCACGUGUGCAGAUUUGAACCUUGGUGCUCACCCUCUGUCUGGCCGGCUGCCUUGACUACGGAAAGCCUUUGGAAGCCUUGGUGUCCUAGCAGCUCUCCAAACGGAUGCAAUGAGACUGAUUGAGGAAAAAAAUGUAACCCUAAGAGUUUGACUUUUCACUGAGUAUUUUACUGUGUUAAUGCUUAUGUUUUGUACAUAGGCUUUAGGUUUACAGAAUAUUCUGUUUUACAACAGCAAAAUUCACAGUCCAAGAGUAACAGCAUAACCAGGUCCCAGUUCCCCACGCCCUCACUUCUGUUCACCCCACUUCCUCAGUAGUCAUCUGUUCAGAAACUAGCACCAUCUGAAGGUCUGCUCCGGAAGCCACCCCUUGCCACCACCGAUGCGGCCAGCCUUACAAAGGCCUCCCUCUUCCCUUCCCUCUGGUCUUCUUGUCUGGCUAAACCCUCCCCCUGAAGGUUAAGGCAGUCGUUCACAGCCAAGUUGUUUGGUGACUUGGAUGCGCUCCAGGCAGGCACAGUUGAGGAGAGGUCUGUGCAAAAUUAUUUUCAGAAUGAUCUUGAGAUGCUGGGCUUUCAUUUUUUGAAGCAAGAGAGCUAUGGGGGACACGUGUUUCUGCCCCGGGGAAGAUGGAGACCCCAGUGCUGGGAAGGGAGGUGGGUUUGAGGUUGAGAAGUCAUGUGUUCUCUGGGUAGCCACCCAGAACCAGAUCAGUGUUCCCCUCUGCCACUGAGCUUUUCUGGCUUGUACCCCGAAACACUGGGGCUCUGUUAGAGCUUUCGCAUCCUCUUACCUUUACUCUUACCAGAAGUGACUUCAGCACUCUUCUCUGUGGAAUUAAACAACUAAAAACGAAGUGUUAAUUUUUUUAAGAAUAGCUCCAGGGGAAGGAGAUUAAUAUAUCACCAACAGCUGAAUUUUUUCAUUUCUGGACGUGGAAAUGCUCGCUCGCACUAGCAGUGCACUAGGGUAGCAAAGACUUUUCCUUGCAUAUCCAUCUAAAUUCUCUCCUCUCCGUUUCUGCUACUCUUUUCCUUCUUUGUUUCAUCCUUGCCUGUCAGCUCAUGGACAUACUCUUUGUCUUCUCCUACUGCCCCGGUUUGUUAACUGGCAUUAGUGUGAGGGAGGAGCUAGAUCUCCCAAGAGCUCCUUGGCAUCUUGUAGGGUCACUGAGAUGGCCUGCAUACACCCCUCUGCAGAGGUCAGAUAACCUACUUGCCUUGGUUGAUGGGACUGGCAUGACUCCAGUGCGGUAGCUGUCGGGGUAAGGGAAGGCGCCAAUGGAAGACUAGCUCCUUUGUUCUUUCCCUUGGCGGGGGAAGGUGGGGGAGUCAUUUUCAUCUUGUUAUCUUAAUAUCUUAUUUCCCUUCAAUUUUGUAGCAGCCCAUGGCCACCUGCAGUGCUUUUCAGGAGGUAUAAAGAAUAUUCUGUUCCUUUUCCACAAAUUUUUGAAGCCAAAGGAGGGAGUAAGGGGCUUAACUGCUUCCUGGUAGAAACCUGGAAAGCCAUCUGUAGCUGGAGGACAGUGUGGGGAGAGGCGUGCAUGGACCUGGGGCUGCAUCGCUGCUCUCUUCUUAGUCAGGGUCAGUCAGAAAGCAACCCUGAGUCUGGGCCAGCCUUGUUCUCCCUCUGUCCCUUCAUCCCUCUGUCCCUUGGCCUGCGGUGCUAAAGCCAUGCACACCAACAGGAAAUGGCCUAGUGCAGUGAGGAGAGAUGGGACAGUCAUUUUUCUGGAAUAGAUUUAAAAAUAGAGAUAUAGAAUACAUAUUUUUGCAAGCAAGAAGCUGUUGUCAAAACAAAUUUUUUUUUACACUUAGAGUUUGUAGUUCCAGGAUAGAAAGGAAGUUACUCUUAAAAGAGAGCCCAAGUUUUCUCUGAAAGGAAAAGAGGACAGUGGGGCUUACUAAUGAAGGGGCUAACUUGUGUGCCCUGGGAAGACCUGGGGAAAGCCAGUUUUCCCAACAUGGGUAGAAAUUAUAAAGCAGAAUGCGGCAUUUUUAUUUCACGGUAACAAUUCUGGAAGUUUAUUUACACAGUAAGUUCCGAGCUGGAAGCGGACAGUCUCCAGUCUUCCUGUCAGUCUGUGUGGUUCUGGGGUGUUCCUGUCAGCCAAACAGCACCAGGUGCAGGGGAGUGAAGAGAGUCCAGAUAGAAACUACGACUCGGUGUUCUUGAUUUAUUGUGUAUGGCUUGUGGCAGCUGGCUGAAGCCAGGAUUCCAGGGGCCCUCCUUGUAGUUCCCUCUCCCUCAGGUAAUUCACACUCAUCAGGCCCCUUACCUGGAAGCAGGGUGCAGACCACAGAGGAAUGAGGCCCAGUGGGUAUACUGGGAAAAUUUGCUUUCCACUAACACUGGUAUCAUAGUUGACUGUGUUAGAACGGAUAGGAAAUGAACUUCGUCCCGAGUACUUAGCGCAAGAACUAGCCUGGAUACCCAAGUACUAUUAGGAGUGGGGAGUAGAGAGCAGGACAGGAGAAAAGGAAAUUGAGGGGCUCUUGUGGAAAAGGAAGGAAGGAAGUCGAGGCCCCAUCCUCCCUCCAGGCAACCUGGACACUGAAGGUGAUGGUGCUAUAGUCAACGAGCCCUAUGUUCUGACAUUCUGGCUCCAGUACCUGUGCCACUGGGGAUGCCUUAGCCAAAUACGUGGCGGCUGAGACCUAGGGUGAGAAGGCAGUGAAACGGCUCUGUGUUAUGUAAAGAUCUUACAGCUGAACAGGAAGAACUCCAGGCGGGUGAAGGGCCUCACCCUGUGCCUGUGAAAUGAAUCUUUAGGAUUCCGCUUUCGAGGGUUAUUAGGUAGGAGAGUGCUCCUGUCUAUUCUUCUUAGCACCUCAGCUGCAGAGCUCCGAGGUCUCGGGGCUUGGGGGAGGGAGUGGAGAGGUGCCCAGGAAGACGAGGCCCAGCCCCGCUCAGUCGCUUUGUUCCCAUUGCUUUCCCAGAGGACGCCUGGGGUUUGGGAGGGUUGGGACGUUACACGGCUGCCGAGCGUUUGUAGAGCAAAGCGUCCAGGUAGAGACAAGUGGAAUCACUAAGGUAGAAAUUCAUUUGUUAGAUGGAACUUCUUAGUGGACACUUUUAAUUUAAGAGCUAAAAAGAGCUUUUUGGCAAAUAAGCCCUUCUUCCCACCUCCCUUUUGAUAGGCUGCAAACACAGCAAAGAAAACUCUGGGAAGCAACACCUGUUCACGAGAGGGUUCUGUCUUGGAGGUGAAGCCUAAAACAGGAGCUGGCGGUGUCCUUUCUACCUCUCCUGCUUCGAUCCCAGUGUCCCCUGUCUUCACACUCCCUCUCUUCCUCUUCCAACCAUUUGUACAAACAUUCAGUCAGGUUAUUUUUUUGUUUAAUUCAAGAGGCAGUCUUUGCACCAAUGUUAAGCUCAUUGACACAGUUCCUAUCUCUAAAGCAAAAGCUAACUGUGCAUUUGCUCCUACUGCCUUGGCCCAGCAGGGAAGCAAGGCUGGGCCCUGUAGACACCCCGGGGUGACCAGUGGGAUGUCCCCACUCUGGAACUGCGGAAGGAGGAAUGCUUUGGGUUGGAGGGUUGGAAGGGAUGGUGGGCAAAGAUCAGGGCUGAAGUUUCAAGCAGCAGAACUUCCCAACUCAAGUUUGAGGUGACAUAUUCUUGCCACCAGAGCGUGUCUCUUCCCUGUCCUGUUUCCUGCAGGUGCAGUCCCUGCAACCCACCUUGCCAGCUCCUCCUCCUCUGUCAAGCAGAGGCAUUUGGUGGGUGGGUAAGGGUCCUGAGGUGCUCUGGCCACAGGUGCCAUCUCUUUCUUUGUGACCAAGUCGAACCAACCACCCAGAUGGUCCAGGGGAUGCUCUGUCUUCUGCUCAUGGGCCUCCUCACUUCAGCAGGGAGAUGUCAUCAGCAAAGUCAUCGUGCUGGUGGCGCAGGCAGCGGAGGCAGCGCCACUGGCACACCAUGAGGCAGAGUGGCAGCAUGAAGAGGGCGCAGAUGGCGGCCAUGACGUAGGCUAUGGUCAUGAGGGUUGACUCGUCUGUCUGUGGGAUGUUGUAGCCACAGUCCAUCAUGUCCAGGGUGACAAACGGGCCUUCCACCGCCGCCGUCCUGAACUCGUCGUGCACUGGAGAAAGGGCAGAUGUGAGCAGGCAGUUCAGUAUCACACCACAGUUUGGAUUAUGCAAGAAAAGGACCUCCCGACUGGGCCUUGAAAUUGGCCCUGAGGAGCUGUAGAAAGCAGUGCCAGGUGGAGACACAUCUCCUCCAGGCCACAGAGAACAGCGACCUUUUGUUUGUUAAGCCUCACUCGAUAUUUUUCCCAUUAUUUUUUUUUGAGAGAGGAGAAGGGGGAGGGAGAGAGAAACAUCGAUGUGAGACACGUCAAUUAGCUGCCUUCCACACAUGCCCUGGCUGGGGCUGGGAAUCGAACCCAUGACCCUUUGGUGUAUGGGCCAGUGCUCUAACCACUGAGAAGCCUGGGCAGGGCACCCGCUACCAUUCUGAAAUGGCAUUUAAGCUCCCCUCCGGUAGGUGGCAGGGACACUGUAGCCUGUUGCUCUUGAGCUCCUCCAGGUGCCUGACAGCUCUUGCUGCUCCUGGCGUCUAGCAGAAGCUCCCAAGCAGGCAGGGUCACCACGCCAGGCAGUGGGAAGCUUAGGCGCUGCCUCUGGCUUUGGCACAACCUGUUGACUCUGGCUCGAGGCAACUGUUCCUCCCUCCCAGACUGGCGGGGCCCAGGUCUGCUGCCUGCUGGACAGGGGGGACAUGGAUAGACUGACCCGCACCCUGGCGCUCACCAUGGCAAGCGCUGACAGCAAAGCCGAUCCGCUUUCUCGCCCGAUCAAAGACCACGUAGAAGCCCUCCAUGACGACAGCUCCCAGGACGGUGCCCGUGGACGACUGGGAGACGGCGAACUUGUAGCAGUCGUCUUGGGAUGUGGCCACAUCCUCCACUGGCCGCAGGUAUUGCUAAGGAUAAGGAGUCAAAGCGUCAGAGUGUCUUCCCCGCUCCAUCCUGCACCCCACCUCUGCCUUCUAGUGGCUGUGUCCUUAGGCCGCUCUUCCUGUCGGCAUCCCUGAGCUCCGAGGGCUUGCUUUUCCACGAGCCCUUCACCCCUGGACACUCAUCUAUGUCUUCCAAGUUCUGGGAAACCAUGUACUGACAUCUCCCUACAUGUACUGUCUCCUGGGGCCGCUGCCUCGCGGAGGGACGCACCUGUGGAAGGAUGGUGAUGCGGAAGGACUGGUUGGUGACCUCACUCAUCAGGUAGAGCGAGAUGACCGGGAAGAUGUUCCAGGGGGUGGUGCCUGCCUGCCAGCACACCAGCUGCUCCCCCAGCCAAAAGCCGUCCGGGAACUUCUCCGUCUGCCGCGGGCAGAAAGGGAGACAGUGAGGAAACAGCCCCUGCCACCAUCUCGCCUCCCAUCCUCAGAUCACACUCACUGGCCUUUGCUUUUCCUGGAAUAUCCAAAUGGGGAAAGGUCCAUUGAACCCAGGAAUUAGAGGAGGAGAGUGGGAGAAUGAGGCCAACUCUGUUCGAGGGGGAUUGUGUGACGAGCAAACACCCACGAAAGAGUCUAAGUAGAAGGCUCUGAGGGGGACACUUGGCUCCUGAAGGAUGUGACUCAGCAGACUCCCUCGGACUCGAGUCAUGUCUGUACCCCGACUCAGCCCCACUGACCGAGGAGGCUGCCUUGAUGGACUUGACUGCAGCUUCAAACACUUUCUUGGGCAAGCGAAGGUUGGUGGUGCCACUGUCCACGAUGCUCUUAUCAUAGUUGUACUGAGAGGGAGAAGAGAGGUUAGAAUACUCAGGAGCUGUGUGCGAUGCCAGGCGCUGGCCAGAGUCACAGGGUUAGUCUGACGGUGUAAGGUGCUGCCUGGGUUGGCAUCCUGGCUUUGCCACUUCUUAGGAGUAUAUCCUUAGGCAAGUUACCUAACUUCAGUGGCUCAGUUUCCCCAUCUUAAAGGGUAAUAAUAGUGCCUACCUCACAGUUAUUAUAAGGAUUAAAUAAAUUAAUACAUUCGAAGUGCUUGCAGUGGUCCUGGCACACGGAGCAUUUAGUAAAUGCUCUUACUAUCUUGGGUGGAAAGAUGUUCUCCAAAUCUUGAAAAUAAAAGUACCUUGUAUGGUGGUUUUAAUUUUUCAUAGUACUGUUAUAUCUAUUCUAAUUUAGCACGCACUGAGAACCUAAGUGAGGCAGACCCACGCUUAGCUGCCAUUUCCUGGCUUCUGCUACGUGCCGGGUACUGGGAUGGGCACUCGGGACGCUGUUCUUACCUCUUUUGCAGAGGAAACAAACCCGACAGUAACUUACUAAGGGCAGACACUUGCUAAGGGCAGAGCCAGAACCCAAAGCUGGACUCCCGUUCACCAUCACAUCGCACUGCCUUUUGCAAACCAGGCCGUGAAGCAAGGCCAUGAUGGAUCCCGGUGAGCUUUACUCUUAGGAGGUCCUACGCCAGGCGGUCCCUGUGAAGUGCCCUGCCGGUCCCCUGUGUGGCCCUUGUGCUCCUGACUUGUAGGUUCAGCCCCGAGCUUUCAUGCAGGUCCUGCACCUGCCUUGUCCUUCCAACCUCCUAACCCAGGGUCUGACCUCACCCUGUCGCCACGCCCUGUACCGCUCCCUGGUGCCCCCUUGCUCUUCUUACCUCCUUGCAGUCCAUUUUCAGAUCCUGUCCAUUGAUCUCCACCCGCACAAUGAUCACCUCAUAAUACCACUCCCGUCGGAUGGGUGUGUACCAGAGGCUGCCCGUGUAUAGCGAGGGGUCAAUACCCCCAAUGAUCUAGGGAGAAAAAGGCAGGUAUCUGAGUCCCAGCACGAAGGGCAGCAAGUCACCCUAAAAGCAAGCGAAGGACCAGGAACUUGGAGUGGGUAGGCCCUCCACAGACCACCUUUCUCAUCCUGCUUCUAAUCAAAUCAUGCCCCAGAGUGACAUAGUUUAAAAUGUAUUGAGAAUGUGUUCAUGUCCCUGGCUGGUUUGGCUCAGUGGAUAGAGCAUUGGACUGCGGACUGGAAGGUUCCAGGUUUGAUUCUGGUCAAGGGCACAUGCUCGGGUUGGCUCGAUCCCCAGUGGGGUGUGUGCAGGAGGCAGCCGAUCAAUGAUUCUUUCUCAUAGAUGUUUCUAUCUUUCCCUUUCUCUCUGGAAUCAAUAAAAAUAUAUUUUAAAAAAAGAAUGUGUUCAUGCCCGGUGGUGUGUCUCAGUGGUUGAGCAUCAACCUAAGAACCAGGGCACAUGCCUGGGGUUUUAGACUAGAACCAGCGGUUCUCAACCUGUGGGUCGCGACCCCUUUGGGGGUUGAACGACCCUUUCACAGGGGAUGCCUAAGACCAUUGGAAAACACAUAUAAUUACAUAUUGUUUUUGUGAUGAAUCAUUAUGCUUUAAUUAUGUUCAAUUUGUAACAACGAAAGUGGGGGUCAUCACAACAUGAGGAACUGUAUUAAAGGGUCGCGGCAUUAGGAAGGUUGGGAACCACUGGACUAGAUCCUCAAUAGGGGGUGUGCAGGAGGCAGCCAAUCCAUGAUUCUAUAUCGUCAUUGAUGUUUCUAUCUCCCUCUCCCUUACUUUCUGAAAUCAAUAAAAACAUUUAAAAAGCAACAUCAAAACAAUGUGUUCAGGGGAAGAGACUUUCUAGAAGUUUUAAUUAUUUGUUUCGGAAUCACAGUCCUUGAGAUGAAGUUAUUUAAACCUAAACUGGCACAAUAAAUGUUGAAUGAAUGAUUAUUUGCUUCUAUAAAUUUUAUUUUUUCUGCUUGUUGGAGAUGGAAAACCAUUCACCAGUUGUCCUAAUUAAUAAAUAGACUUUUAAACUUUUUACA